AUGCUAUAUGGACUCUUUUUUAUUGCUUUCCUCCUGCUCAUUUAUACAAACUAGGACUAGAUAACGAAUUCAUUUUAUGCUUUAUACGAAACUGAGUCAUAUAGCAGAGGAGGAAGAUAUGUUAGAAAGACACCCAGAGUGAUGGAAUUUUAAUAAACGAGAUUUAAAGUAAGCAAGAUGGCAACAGACGUUCAAGUAGGAGUCAUUAAAAAUGUAGAUGCUAAAUUCAAUCCUGAGUCUCUUUUCUACGCUACUAUUUUUAUUGGUUCUGAAAGUGAGAGUAUGAAAAUGCUGCUUGACACGACUUCUUCUGUAAUUUUUCAAUAAAGUUAAACUUUGCUUUAGUGGCUGAUAGUUGCUGGGCAAGGCUGCGAGAACUGGACACUUUCAUAAGACUAGCUUUCAUUGUCAAAGUCCACUCAGGCUUUUAGACUUAAUCAGUUCAAAUUUAUCACAUAUAAAUUUCAAAGUGGCUAUAAAGGACUUGACGGUAUAAUCGGAUUAUCAAGAGAGUAUGUUUCAAUUUCAAGAAGUUCAGGUCCUCUUUUUGUUAAACAUCUGAAAAAUGAGGGAAAGAUUUAUGAAUCAAUAUAUGCUCUAUCAAUGGCAGACGACAUGAAUUACAGUUACAUUGAUAUUGGUACAUAUCAACUCGAGGAUUCUACAAUGCAUGUGAUCUGGUUUUAGAAUUAAAGUUAUUCAUUAUACUGGUAAUGCCACCUUAAUGCUUAUAUGGUGGGAAGGCAAAUGUACCGAAAUGUCCUAAAUGCUGUGCUUUACAACAAAACAUACUACCUUAUUGAUAAAUAUGUUAUUGCAACUUGCAACAUUUCGGAGUAUCAAAGCAUCUAUCUCAGACUGGACAAUCAUUGGUUUGAGAUAAAACCUGAAUCAUAUGUGCUUAAUUAAACAGUUGAUGGGCAGUUGGAUUUGAAAGAAUUAUGCACACUAGGUAUAAUCCCAUCUACUGACUAAACCAUUAUUCUUGGAAAUGUAUUCAUUAGGAACUAUUACACAAUAUUUGAUUUAGAAAAUGAUUAGUUAGGCUUAUAUAUGAAUACAUAUCUGAAAACUACCGAAUUAGCAUUCUAACUAGCCAUCUUUCUAUGA